UGAGAAUGUUGUAAGAAAGUCUGCGGAGGCGAUAACAAAAGUCUAUGCUAAAAAAAAAAUCAUCUUAUCUCUUAAUUCUCCCCAUGUGGUAGAUGGUCUAUACAUUUAGCUACCUAUAUAUCUACCUUAAUAUUUGGCCUUCUUUCUCAUCAUUUACAAACUUGAAAGCCAGAUGGAGAAUUCUUACAAGGAAGCUUCUACUGUUAGGCACUACAAGAAAUCGGAUCUUCCUCGUCUCCGGUGGACGCCGGAACUCCAUGACCACUUUGUUCAAGCUGUUGAAAACCUUGGUGGAAAACAUAAAGCAACACCAAAGAGAAUUGUGCAAGUGAUGGGAGUAAGAGGACUUGAGAUGUCUCAUGUUAAAAGUCAUUUGCAGAUGUAUCGAAGCACGAAGAAAAGGACCACAAUUAACCUAACGCUACCAAUUGUGAAUAAAUUGCUGGAAGAGGAAAUCGCUUGGGGCACUCCAAGGGAAUUUAUUGGGAAAAGCCAAACAGAGAAACAAACAAUGAAAGAAACAAGAAGCCCAGCCGUGUACAAUUUGCAGGUGAAUGAAGAAGGCGGGGAAGAUGAAAUUCACUCGGAUGUGGAAAUUGAAAAUCAUAGUGAAAUUUCUGAAUUUAUGAACGAAACAACCAGUGAUAAUUGCGGAGAGCGCAGAAGAUUAUGGUCGCUCGAUGAUCAUCUCAUCUCCAAUUCAAGUCAUUUAAACAAUUGCUUUGAUUUCCUAUUACAAUCAAAGAAGAAAAGCAGAAGUCGUCUUAACCUAGAUUUAACUAUCUCAUCAUCAUGUUAUUUGUAAGAUGUUUACUCAAAUUAAAUAAUUACAUAAAUUUAAAUCAGGAGAGCUGAAUAUAUAGAUUGCUCUUUGUUAAAGAAACAUAUACAGAUUAAAUUAAAAGAUUUGUACGUAUAUUCAUUGUCACUUUCAAAUUUAACAUUUACA